UUUUCUAGUAAAAUUUAUAAAUUUUAAUUCAGAUAUGCCUCCAUUAUUAGAUUCUCUUCCAUUUUUAUUUUGUUUUCUUCUAUCAUUUAAAAUUUCAAAUUUAUUUGCUCAACUAGUCAUCGGCUUAGCUUCAACAAAUUCCCAAUGCGGUCCAAACCAAAUUUCUUUGUUUAACGGGGUGGGGUGUACAACAGACCAAAACUGUCAGGAGUUGGCACCCGGCUUUUUCUGUUUUCAAGGGCAUUGUUGCGCUGCAAAAAAUCGUUAG